AUGAUUUCACCUGCUCGCUUAGUUCAACUGAGUAUUUUUUUGUUUACGAUUCAUCUAGUUAUAUGCAAACUGGAGUUUACCAACAUUAAGUGCGUUACCCUCGAUCCAGAGUUUGCCGUCUUUCACUAUUGUUUUUUAAAAUCAGUUAAUCGUACAUACAAGUACUAUUCCCUAAAAGUGAAGUUGCUAAAGACACCCGUCAGCAAUGUAAAAAUCAACAUAGCAACAUUCCAGAGAUUAAAUGGUUAUAAGCCCUUUCUGUAUAACGUAACCGUAGAUGGCUGCAGGUUUUAUAAACACCAAAGAUCGAAUCCAGUUUUCUCUUACUUUUUCAAUUUUUUCAAAGACUACUCCAAUAUAAAUCAUUCCUGUCCCUACGACCACGAUAUCAUUCUGGAUAAGGUUUCAAUAAGUCAUGCUAAUACGCAAGUAACUAACGUUCUUCCAGUUCCCCAUGGGAACUACUUAUACCGAGCGGACUGGUAUGCUUACAAUAUUAAGCGUGCUACUGUGGACGUAUACGCCAAAAUAUAUUAG